CGUACAACGGCGCUGUCCAUUAGAGACUGAUCAGGCGCAGCAGAGAUCUAUAGCCAAUCUUCAACAAAAAUACAUGAUAUGAGCUGUCAAAUACCUUGAGUCAAAUUAUGGCUGAUGUUGAAGCGGCAAUCGCUGCUGCCAUGAGCGCAGCUGCGCCAACUGCCCCGCCAAUGAGCCCUGUUCUUGGACCCGAAACCUUCUCUGGGGAUGCGAUGAUCGUCGACAGCGAGCCCCUCCAACCACCACAACUGUCGCAUUCACCUCAGCCACCAUUGAAGCGAUCCCGCUCCCCAAGCGAUGGCAGGCCGGUUGGCGGCGAUGAGGACCGAGACGAGAAGCGUGUGAAAAUAGAACCUGCUGCUGAUGGCGACCUGGAUGAGAUAGCACGAAUGGUUCAGGCUGUGCAGGCUUCUGUAAUGAAGGAGUUCCUGUCAGCUCCAGAGCCAGUUCUAGAACACAAGACCGAACCCGAGCCCGAGCUAGUAUCUCACGUAGCGCAGCCCGAUGAAGUUUUCGAGACGACAGAACACGAGCAACUCAGCAUUGAAUCGGUUUUAGAGGCUGCUUUGAACCAAGAAAGAUCACCGUCAGGGGACAUGGAACCCAGGCCGGAUACUUUAUGGAACAAUCCACGAGAUUACACUCGAAGAAAGCAUAUAAUUCCGGCACUUGGUGCCUUGGCUGUCGACAUCUUGAUAGCUCUGUCAGAACAAACACUAGAGGAUACCGUGGCGACUUUCACCAGUGACCUCGACUCCGACAUUACAAAGGAAUACGGUGUCUUGCGGGCGGCGUUUGAAAUUCAACGUAGACAGUUAUUGCAACCGCAAGACACAUCGCCAUUCCUUGACGCCCGUAAACUUAGAAUCAAGGAUCAUACAAGGGAAGUGAUCCGGAUCGCUAAUCUUGCCUCAACAUGCGCCAGUAUAUUUGGCACGAAUGAGAUAACCCUAGAGGAAGUCAACAACCACUUUCUACGUAUAUUUGUCCCAACAGGUCGAUCUUUAAGUGACGACGCCGCGGAGUUAUACUUGGGAUUGAAAACACAGCUGUUUAUAGCUAUUCUGGAUGGCGAUCUUGACAAGUCUAAGGAACAGCUACUUCAGGACCUUUUUGUGACUGAUGUUGAAAGUUCCUUACGAGCUCACCAUCCUAAUCUCCCUUUGUCAACAACGGAACUCGACUUCAUAGCCAACUCAAAAGCGCGGAAAGGUAUGCUAUCAAAUGCUUCUGCGGCUGCAAAUAGUAUAUAUACUCUGAGCAAGCAGUUCACAUACGAGGCUUUCUUGGACAAUCUUAGCACAUAUCUCAACGAUAAUAUAGAUAAAAUCCAGGCGCAGGUCUCGGGCGAAAUGGAGGCUAAAGCCCCCACUGAAAGCCCGGCCCCUGCUGAUGAGGACAUACAUGAUUUGGCAAGCGAAUUUGACUUGAAUGCUGCGAUAGCCGAAGCGUCGAGAGCAGCGGCUGAAGAGGCGCUGCAACCCAGUGCUGAUGAAACAAGCGCAUUUGACGACCUGUCAGCUUUUCUUACAGAGAAUGUGUCUCGAGCUAUCGAACAGUCGAGGCAGGCGGCGACUAGCAUAGAGCUGCCAUCAUCUAUUACUUCAGCUACGGAGAGUGCAUCAAGAGCCACGGCCUUGGCACUAGAGAGUAUCGCGAGGAAUCAAUAUCAUCCGACUGCAUUGCCACAUUCCACCAGCCAAACCCCAUCUUCGACCAAUCAUCACAACCAUCAGCCUCAACAGACACAGACCGCGUCCGCACAAUAUUUCUCUUACCAACAGCAGCAAGUACAACAACAGCAACAACAACAGCAACAAUCUCAACAACAGGUAGCCAACAUACAGACAAAUUAUCAGGCUCCAAGCGAUCACCUACCUCCAAAUCAGAGUGACUCAACACCAGCUCUAUAUGAGCGAGCUCGACAAGCCGCUGCAGCACGAUCUUCAACCCACGCUCGGCGCGAAGGUACUCAUUCUACUCGACGGCCGUGGAGUCCAGAAGAGGAGAAAGCACUCAUGAUGGGGCUUGAUAUGGUAAAGGGUCCUCACUGGUCGCAGAUCUUGUCCCUGUUUGGUCCCAGUGGUUCACUAAGCCAGAUACUCGCGGAUCGCACUCAAGUUCAAUUGAAAGACAAGGCCAGAAACUUGAAGCUUUUCUUCCUGAAAACUGGUUCCGAGAUGCCCUAUUACCUGCAGUGUGUAACAGGGGAGUUAAAAACACGAGCUCCUACCCAAGCUGCCAGAAAGGAGGCUGAGGAAAAGGCAAGAAUGAAUUCUGAAGAGCACCAGGCACAUAUGAACGGAAUUCUCGCGCUAGCUGGAGGCCUUCAAAACAAUACAGCUCAAAGAUCUAGUUCAUCCAGACCAAUGCCCAGCAGCACUACGCCUCAACAACAACAACUUAAUCACAGCCAUUCACACCAAGUUACGCCUAACCCAACACGACAGCCGUCGCAACAAAUAGCCUCUCCUCAGCCACCUCGCCCGACAAUACCUGCGCCUCAGCCAGUCAGUUUGCCAACGUUGACACCGACUAGUCAGCAACAGCAUCCACAGCAACCAUCUAAACCACAGCAAUCGAUACCGCCACCUGAGUAUUCCACAGCAGCACAGACACAAGUCAAAGUAGAAGAGCCUGCCGUGCAACAGCAAGGACCCACAGCAGCCCCAGAGACGCCACCGGUACCAGAUCACAGCAACUUGAGCAUUGAAGACCAAGCGCUUCUCAGUCUCAAGGCCGCCAUGGAAGGCGAAUCUGCCGCUGCUGCCGCCGCACAAUCGGCCACGACCUUUAUCAAGCAGGAAGAACAGCACUAGCCUCUUACAUAUUGCCGCGACUGCUGGUACAUGAAGCAGAGUCAUCGCCUCCAUCUCUUUAUCAAUAAUGAUGAUAAGUAGAUGGGACACGAUGACAUGGGAAUGUUACAUAACUUCGUGCAUAUAUUAUGUUCUUCUUACAACCCUUUUCUUUUUAUUAUUUUUUCACAACUCUGAGCCCUUGCUAUCGGCCUUUUCAUUCUGGCUGAGGUGAUGGGGAUAUGGUUUCGAUGUUUGAUACCCAUGGCUGAAAGCGGAUCGUGGACUGGGGGGCUGGUUUUAGGCGUCGGGACACACAUGACGAUGGUAACGAAAAUAAAACAAAAAACUUCGAGUUCUAGAAGUUCUACGGAAAUGGAACGGGGUGUUUAUACUGUGUAGCGUAGUGUAGUUUAGUGUAGAACUUGCAGGCGUAUUAGAUGGUGGUGACGAGUAACUGCUGAAUGCGACGGGAUGUCGUUAACUACUGGACUUAAUCCAGAGCUGUAUACUGACAAAUGCGAUUGAAUUCGGUAGGACUUAUUAAUACAGUGUUUGACUUCCUCCUA